AUGACACCGUCAUUUAUGUCAAAGCGGAGUGACUCUACAAAGAGGUCUCACCAUGCUUCCAAGUUCAAGAUGAACCGGCAUGCCUUGGCGAAUGAGGCAUUCGGGUACAAGGAAAUGAUCGCACCGUAUUUGCCCUCCAAAUCCACUCUCGAGUCAAGCCUGCAUCUAGCUCGGUCACACAGCCUGAACAAGCACAGUGGUGAUGAGAGUAUGUCGUCGUCUGCGAGCGCCCCAUUACCGCGGCCUGUGUCAGUGGCUGGAUUCGAGAAUGUGAGUCCACGCAACUCACGCGUUGCGGAGACCCCGAGCGUUUCCGUGGGUACCGUGACACCAGACUUGCAUCGGCACCCCACUUUCAACAUUGAUUCAAAGAAUGACGCUCAACAGGCUGCGGCGCAAGUCCCCAAAUACGACGGAACAGAGCCUGUCUUUAUUUCGCCUAGGCAGGGACCCACGAGUGAACCACACGGUGCCAGGCCACCAUCGCCCUCGACCGACAUGCUGCACUGCAAGAGUAACCCAGCUACGGGUGCCUACCGUGACCUGUCUAAAGGGAGCGUCGUCGAGACGGACCAGGAAGGCAAUAUGGCUGAACCGACCAUCCACCCGGGCAUAGCCUCACCUCAGCUCUCGCAUUCAAGUGGGUUUCAUCAACCGCUCCCGAAUCUUGAAAUGCCCGGUCUCAAUGCCGCUGCGGGAUUCCUUCCGCACGAGGGACGAUCUCAAAAAUUGCCGCAAUUCACGUCCCCUGUGUCGACGUUUGAUCCUGACGCAUCUGCCCAGUGGAACCAUGACAUGAGCGGCCAAGUCACGGGCUUUGCUGUCGCGAGCUCGAAGCGCAAUGCUGACUUUCACGCAUUGUUUCCUACUUUGCCCGAGGAUGACUACUUGAUCGAGACAUACACGUGUGCCGUGAACCGCGACUUGCUCAUCCAGGGACGCAUGUAUGUGUCCGAGGCGCACUUGGCUUUCCAUUCGAAUAUUUUUGGGUGGGUCACCUCGAUCGUUGUGCCCUUUGCUGAGAUUGUCUCCAUCGAAAAGCGAAACACGGCCUAUCUGAUUCCUAAUGCUAUUAGUGUGCGUACAUUACACGCCCGCUAUCUAUUUAGCUCCUUGGUCUCGCGUGACCUCACCUACAGUAUGCUGGUCUGCAUUUGGCGCAUGUCUACCCCAAGCGAGGCUGCGCAGCAGGUCGCCAAGGCCCUGUCAGACGAAUCAGAUGAAGAGGCCGCGAGCGAGAACGAGGAGCAUGACAGCGAGCAAGCCAAGAAUGCAGCUAGCGGCGAUGCUGCCGGGAGCGACGACGAUAUCGACGCCUCCGUCUCCACGUCGGACAAACUCCCCAAUGUGGGCUCCAAAAUUAUGACUAAACGGGAAAAACUCCGGCGACACUUGUCCAAGGCGCGCAAGAAAAUCCGGAAUUCGAACACCAUCGGUGCGGGCGUGUCGGGUGGUGCGGACGACUCGGACUCCGAAGAAUCGGACAGCAGCAUGAGUGAUUCUGCGCCUAAUGAAAAUGAAGAACAUGCUGAGACAACGUGUGACUGCGAAAAGAAGCAUGCACACCUCGAUCAUGUCGUGUUGGAUGAUGUGUUCAAUGCCACGCCACAACAGGUAUUCGACCUCAUGUUUGUGGAUGAUUUUAUGAAAAGAUUUUUGGAAGAUAACCAGAUGCUGCAAGACGUGCAAAUAGGAGAAUGGCGCAGUGGCGAAGAUGCAUCACCUGAGGCCACCGCGACUCGCAGCGUCACCUACGUCAAGCCUCUCAAUGGACCGAUCGGGCCCAAGCAGACCAAGUGCCUGAUCACGGAUGAACAGCUCCACAUUGACUUUGACGACUUUUGCACGGCUGUGACGACGACACGGACACCUGAGGUGCCGAGUGGAAACAACUUUGCCGUGCGCACGCGGCUCUGUUUUACGUGGGCCGAACGCGGGCGCACUCGGCUCUACGUAACGUGCACAGUCGACUGGACGGGUCGGAGCAUGAUCAAGAGUGUCAUUGAUAAGGCGUCGGUGGACGGGCAAAAGGACUAUUUCCAUGCAUUUGCGGAUUCCGUGCGGCAGUACAUUAUCGACCACCCUAAGGUAUACGGUAAGCGCAGAGCAUCAGCGUCCAAAGCGCACAAGGUGGAAAAGAUUGUGAACGAAAAUACCAACCCGCGCGACCGAGCGGACUCGAUUGGUUCGCAGCUCCAAAAUGCUAUGCCGAGUACAUCCGUGGUGGUCCUCACCACGUUGAUCAUCGUGCUGCUUAUCUCUCACGUGUGGGUAUAUCUCCGGGGUGCUCCUGGCGCGAUGCGCGACCCCCACAACCCGCAUCGGCUUAUUUCGACAGCUAGGCCGAAGCAGUUGACUAUGCGUCAGGCCAAAGUCAUACUGCAAGACGAGGUGCAGCAGCUUCUUGACACGUUGGCGAAUUCACGGCGUGUGACGGAGGAAAUCGAGCUUGAGUUGAGGGAGCUUCAGGAAUACAUUCACGAGCAGACGAAGCUCGAAGAAACAUCGAAAAGGAAAAACGGGGGCAAUCAUGUAUAG